UGCUUGUAAACAGAAGCUCACACGUGACACAGAGAGCUCGAGCCGCGCGACCGCAUUGUCUGCUCGCGGACAAAGAGCGACACAGUCAGCGUUUGUUUCAACUGAGAACGAGCGUCGUCAGGGGGGGUGAGUGUGUGUGUGUGUGUGUGUGUGGUGGCAAGUAAACAGGUAAACAGGUAAACAGGCAUGUGACACGAUGACAACAACCGUCAUUGCGGAGCCGACUUUCCGCCGCUGUAUCCGCGCGCGUGCGGCCAACUGAACUUCUUCACGUCUGGAUACCCCCCCCCCCCCCUCCAAAUCCGUCCGCUGCGCGCGCGCCAGUGGCAACGGUUAAACACAAAGCCGGGACCUCCUUUGUGUCACCGUUUAAUUUAUUUCGUCGGUUGUUUUACUUUUUUGUUGUUGUAAACAAACCUCACUUUUAUGGAUGACGUCAGCUAGCUAGCAAUAGAGCCGUUAGCCGUGACGUCAGAAUAUUUUUUUUUUUUAGCUCUCGUAAUCUUUUUUAAGGGGGGGGGGGUUAUUUUAUAUGAGAUGUCAUUCACGAUGGAGGAUAACUUGGAGGCCGAAUGGGUGUCCGUCCGUCCGAGGGUCUUCGACGAAAAAGAGAGGCACAAAUUCGUCUUCAUCGUGGCCUGGAACGUUGUCGAGGGAAAGUUCGCCAUAACCUGCCACAACAGAACCGUCCAGAGGCGGACUACUUUUCUCCUGGACCCGCUCCUUCCGCCGCCCGGUGCCCCCGCGGUAGAAAAACACGCGAAAAGUAGGAAAGAUGAAGUCUGUCACGCGGGUAAAGUUAGACCGCACUCUGUCCCGAAAGGAAAGCCCACGAUAAAGACUAUUGUUGGGGAUAACAAUGCUUUAAAACCCGGCGGUUUAAAGUCGUCCGAGUGCGUCGGCCCCGCGUUGGGCUCCUGGGAUGUUGUGAUACCAAAGGUGAUAGAUAUCGAGCUCCUGGACUCCCCGGAUGAUGGAGACCCAGAGGACGGCGACGGCAGCGGGCGUGAGGACUUCAGCUGGGCCGGCCUGUUCUCCUUCCAGGACCUGAGGGCGGCCCACCUUCAGCUGUGCUCCGUCAACUCGGACUUGGAGCCGUGUUUGCCCUCCUUCCCGGAGGAGCAGUCCGGCGUGUGGUCGCUGCUCUUCGGGGGUGUCGUCGCCGAGGUGUCGCAGGGGGAGACCGAAGCCCUGUGCUACCAGCUGCAGGUGUACCUGGGUCACGCGCUGGACACCUGCGGCUGGAAGAUCCUCUCUGAGGUGCUUUUCUCCGGGAGCGAGGACACUGAUGAGUACUACGAGAGCCUGAGCGAGCUGAGGCAGAAGGGCUACGAAGAUGCUGUGGCGAGGGCCAAAAGAAGCAUGCAAGAGGUGUUGGACAAACACAAAGCCAUGGACAGCAUGGUGGAGCUGCUGCAGGUGUACUCGGAGGAGGACGAGACGUACGGACAGCUGCUGGAGGCUACGACUCAGCUCUACCACUACCUGCUCCAGCCUUUCAGGGACAUGAGGGAACUGGCCAUGUUGCGCAGACAGCAGAUUAAGAUCUCCCUGGAGACGGAGCGCCUGGGUCCCCGUCGAGUGGAGGGCCUGAGGAAAGAGGAAGAGGAGUGGCAGAAGAAGGCUCACGCCGCCGUGCUCUCCAUACAAGACCUGACCGUCAAGUUCUUUGAAACCACGACCCGGGCGCAGAAAGCUUUGCACGAGCGGAUGCGCGCCGACCAGAAGAAGUUCGGCAACUCGGCGUGGGCGGCGGCCGUGGAGCGCAUGGAGCGGCUGCAGUACGCCGCAUCCAAAGAAACGCUGCAGCUCAUGAGGGCCAAGGAGAUCUGCCUGGAGCAGAGGAAACACGGCCUGAAGGAGGAGAUGCAGAGUCUGCGAGGCGGCGAGGACGCCAUGCUGCGCCUGGACCAGCUGGAGGAGCUGUACUACGAGCUGCAGCUGCAGCUGUACGACAUCCAGGCCGAGGUGCUGCGCUGCGAGGAGCUGCUGCUCACCGCGCAGCUGCAGAGCCUCCGCAGGCAAACGACAGAGCGACAGGACGAGGUCGUGUACUACGACGCCUUCGAGAGCCCCGAUGCCAUGAAGGGCGAAGAGGGUCCCGCGACCCCGACGGCCCCCCUCAGAGACGAAGAAAUCGGCGUCCUGCAGCAGAGGACACGGCAGCUCGAGGCCCGAAGGGGGCGCAUCACCGCCAAGAAAGUCUACCUCAAAAACAAGAAGGAAAUCUGUAUCGUCAAUCACAACCAAAAGAUUAAACAGCGACAAGGUAGCAACGUUUCCCUGCAGACUCUGCAACAGGGAGCGGACGCGGAGGAAGACGGCGAAGCCAAGAGCGACGCCAGAGUGAGUCAGGAGAGGCAGCGCACGCUGGACCGCCUCCGCAGCCUCAAACAGCGGUAUCCCGGCCAGGUGACCCUGAAGUCCAGCCGGUUGCGUCUGAGGAGAGCCGGUCAGCAGCACGGCACCCACUCGGCCGGCGUUCAGACCGACCGCGUCUCCGACCUCCCAGAACUCUCCGCUCCUCCGACGCCCGACGCCUGCAGCCGCGACGGCGUCUCUUUACCGACGGUCGGACUCGAUAACCUGGACUCCUCUUCGCCUCCUUUCCUCUCGCUGCGUCCUCUUCCUCCUCCUCCACCACCUGCCCCUCCGCCGCCUCCUCCUCCUCUUCCUCCCUCAGAGGACCAGCAGGAGGGCGAGGCCGGGGGGAGGAAUCGCAGCCCAGUGCGGCGUCACGAAUGCGAGUCCGAAUCUUCCCCUCUUCCCCUGCUGGCUCCAUUUUCCCCUCGCUUCUUUGACAGCAGUCAGCUGCAGACGGCGAGGAAGAAGCUGAAGAAGACGGCCUCGCUGGACUCAUCGUGGAGGAGGGCGAGCUCCCCGAUGGACGAGGUGCUGGCGUCCCUCAAACGCGGCUGUUUCCACCUGAGGAAGGCGGAGCUGCGAGUCCUGGCCCCCGACCCGGACGACGACGGCGACAACAUCCUGGCUCAGAUCCGGCAGGGCGUCCGGCUGAAGAAGGUGCGGACCCGGCCGGAGCAGCAGCGCCACGCCAGGAGCUUCACGCACUCGGCCGACGCUCUGACCCGCAGCAUCCACGAGGCCCUGAGGAGAAUCAAGGAGGCGUCGCCGGACUCCGAGUCGGAGUCGGAGGACGAAGGCCUCCCGUGCACUGACUGGGAAAACUAGCUCGCUCCUUUUUUUUUUU